CUUCAAAUAAUUGAGAAUGUAGAUAAUGUCGUUUAGGGUUCAUCCGAUUGAGUGGUCCGGUUUUAAAACAUUGUUUAAAAUGAACUCGGGGCAAUGAUUCCCACAAACUCACAUAUGCCAAGUAUAAAACAUCUGCAAAAGAAAUACAAAGAAGUCAACAAUCAACGUUAAUGAAAUGCUUUGUUGUCAAAAAAUUAUUGCGGCUUAUGGCUAACAGAAGCUUCUUGGUUUAGAUUGUAAAUAAACAAUCCUAACCCAACUCAGUGUGUUGAUUUGUUAAUUGACCACAUAAUAAUAACAUACAUUGUUGAAAUUGAAUUUGUGAUAUUCAUGACACAUUUGAAACGGUUCAACACUUUGCUUCAAACAAGUGUAAACAAGUUGGUUUAUGACCCUAUAUCCAUGUGGCAUGGCAAAGCUCAGUUUCACAAUUAUAACCUUAAACAACCAAAACCAAAACCAAAUCAAACCCUUAGAAAUUACCUUGAAUCCAACAACAACACCGAGGUGCUUCUACUCUUUAGAACCUUCUUAAGAAAAAAAUCACCGACUUUCAAUUCCAUUGAUAGCUUUUCUUUCCUUUUUACUCUUAAAGCCUGCAUCAAAAAGAAACAUUCCUCUAUCGAAGGAGAACAAUUGCAUGGCCUCAUCAUAAAAUUUGGAUAUGAAUCCAUAGUUCAACUCCAAACAUCCCUUUUGAGAGUGUAUGCAGAAGGGGGAAACCUAUUUGAUGCACACCAAGUGUUUGAUGAAAUACACUCAAAGAACAUUAUAUGUUGGACAUCUUUGAUUUGUGCUUAUGUUGGAAAUUACAGACCUAAGAAAGGUUUGGAAUUAUUUAGACUGAUGCUGAUGAACAAUGUGGAACCUGAUCGAGUCACUGUGACGAUUGCUCUCUCGGCUUGUGCUGAUACUGGGGGACUCGAAAUGGGUGUAUGGAUUCACGAUUUCGUUCAGCGUAAACAAGGGUUGGAGAUAGAUUUGUGUUUGAAUAAUGCUCUCAUAAAUAUGUAUGCUAAGUGUGGUGAUAUUGUAAAUGCAAGGAAGUUGUUUGAUAGCACAAGAAACAAAGAUGUUGCUACAUGGACUUCUAUGAUUGUAGGACAUGCACUUCAUGGUCAAGCACAUGAAGCUCUUCAACUUUUCUCAGAAAUGAACACAAGGAGGGACAAUAAUGUUUCCCCGAACGAUGUGACGUUCAUUGGAGUUUUAAUGGCAUGCAGCCAUGCAGGGUUGGUCGAGGAAGGGAAACGACAUUUCAAAAGUAUGAGUGAAGAUUAUGGUAUACAACCAAGAGAGUCUCAUUUUGGCUGCAUGGUUGAUAUGUUGUGCAGAAACGGGCUUCUGUGAGAUGCAUAUGAAUUCAUAAUUGAGAUGCCAGUUGCUCCGAAUGCGGUAAUCUGGCGAACCUUGCUCGGAGCGUGUAGCCUCCAUGGCGAUUUAGAACUAGCCAAAGAAGUUCGGCAUCAGCUGCUCAAUUUGGACCCUGGCUAUGUUGGUGAUAGUGUUGCUAUGUCGAAUAUUUACGCGAAAAAAGAUAUGUGGAAUAAAAAGAUUAUUGUUAGGAAUCAUAUUAAACGGUCAAGAGCUCCUGGCUACAGCUCAAUUGUAACUUCAAAUGAUAAUCUUCCUCUAAUGUCAGAUAUAUGAUUUUCUUAUGAAUGUGAUCAGAUGUAUGAAAAGUUUUUAUUACUUCCUAUGGCCUUGUAGCCUAUUAGAGCACUCAUCAAGGGUUGUUUAAAUGUACAAAAUAAUAGAAAAAACUGUUUAGUUUGUUUUU